AUGAGCGCAUGCCACGAAGGCUCAGAUUUGCUGGUAGUGUCCUGUUCCCUCUCGCCUCCAAGCUUUGAAGCCAUGGCCCCCAUGAAGGCAAUGAAGGUGAUGAAGAUGAAGGCAGUCCGCGCCAUGCCGAAGAGUGGCAUUGCCGCUCGCGUGGCCGAGAGCACGGGCUUGAAGAAGAGCGAGGUGACACAGGUGCUGUCGUCCUUGGCUGACAUCGGUGCGACGGAGGUGAAGAAGACCGGCAAGUUCGUCCUUCCUGGACUCUUCAUGAUCAAAACCCGCACGAAGGCAGCCACCAAGGCCGGCAAAAGGGUUAUGUUCGGCAAGGAAAUGACAGUCAAGGCGCAGCCGGCAAAGACGGUGGUCAAGGCCUAUCCGGUGAAGGCGGUGAAAGACCAGUUCUGA